AUGAAAAAAAACGAGCUAAGGAAGGAAAGCAUUUCGAUAUUCAUUAAUCUCAUAAAAACAACCAUAGGAUCCGGGAUCUUGAGAUAUCCGUUUCUGUUUAAGAUGUAUGGCCCGUGGUACACAAUAGUCUUGACACUGAUUUCUGCACUAGCGUCUCUUUUUGGGCUAUGGAUGUACAUCGAUUUGAACGACUUCUAUGGAUUGGACAAUUCGAUGUCCACAAUUGCUAGAUACAUAUACCCGCCACUGCAGAAUAUUGUGAAUAUUACUGUGUCUGUAAAGUGUUUUCUUGUUUGCAUUGCGUAUCUUGUUUUGCUGAAAAACAAUGUGCCUAGAACAGUGAGUGCGAUAUUUGGGAUGCAGGACGAGUAUCCUAAUCUGUGUAUUUUCGUAAUAGCUGUGUGUAUUUUCCCGUUUGUUGUGAUGCACCGGAUAGACAAGCUGAGAUACACGUCGCUGUUUGGAUUGGUUGCUGUGAUGGCCCUUGUGGCUUCAUCGAUUGCUAUGUAUGCCAAAUCAGGCGAUGUAGUAGCGAUGCAGCACACAGCCACCAGCAAUGGCAAGUUGUUUGGAGAGCUUGGAAGCUUUGUAUUUGGAUUUACAUGCCACCAGAACAUCUUUUCUGUUCAGAACGAAAUGAAAACCAACAACAAGACAGCACUCAAGCUCACUACGUUUCUUGUCCUGGGCACGGCAUCUCUUACAUAUAUAGUAUUUGGGCUUGCAAGCUACCUAGCACUUGGAGAUUCAAUGAAGGAAAACUUUUUUGAGAAUCUUCCGGAUAGAAUAAGGAACACAGUGGCUGUUUUCUAUUUCUUUGUUGUUAUGAUGUCGAUUCCGUUGCAGACACAUCCAUGUAGAACAUAUUUUCUGAAUCUGUUUGGAGCAAAGUACUCUGCCGAAAGGAAGUACAGGCACCUGAGGUUUGUUACCAGUUUGUUUAUAAUAGCUGUAGCACUGAUAGCUGCAAUGAGUGUAAGCAAGAUGGAGAGGCUGUGCGAGGUCAUAGGCGGAUCGUUUUCAGCAUUGAUGUGCUUUGGAUUUGCAUCUGUGUAUCACUUCAUGGCAUUCAAGCACCGAGGGAUUGAGAUUAGGAAGAUUAUGCCGCUUUUUGUUCUUUUGUAUGGAAUGGCUGCGUUUGCCUCGCUCUUUGCUCAUCCAUGA